AUGCUCGCCCUAUUCUACAUUGUUCUGCCUUUGGUCGCUGCGGCCUCGCCCAGACUGACUACUCGUGCCAUCCCGGACGAAGCCUUCACUCUCUACGGCUACGGCGAGGGCCUUGGAGGACUUCCCGUCUACUACGACAACGGAAUCGCCUACAUCGGUGAAGUCUCAUUCGUGAACAGCUCCCAGGCCGCACAGGUCGCAUUCACCGAAGGAACCACCUCCACCACCCUGGUAGCAAACCCCAACAACACCGCCGCAGGCACCAACGCCACCUGGUCCAACUUGACCUACUUCCUGCCCGGAACCACCAACACCGACCAUCAAACCGGCUUCGCCAGCAACGUGUCUGCCUCAGAUGUUACCACGGGCUUCACCUUCUACGGCAAGACGCUUCUGAACAAGGAUACUAGUGGCUCGCUCCAGUCGCUCUGGUACGCUGUCCAGAACACCGAUGAUAUCAACUACCAGCUCAAGUGGAACUCGACGGGCGCUGAUGAGGAUGGAGCCAUUUCCAUCGUCUUGCGCUCUGUUGAGCCUACGAAGCCCACCAGUAGCGCACCUGAUCGCACUUAG